AUCAAGGAAUAUUCUAGCACAUCUUCUAAACAUGGCAACAAUUAUUACAAUCCCCAUAAUCAUGCAAUCGCAUAAUUCUCUCCUACAAUUACAUUGUAUAAUUAACUAGCUUGAUUUAAGCUUUCCAUGUAUUAUAUUUUCUUUCCUUCUUUGUUCUAUGUUGUACCCUAUAUAUAUAUGUAUAUUUUGCAUGAUUAAUAUAAGUAAGCAAUUCAAACAUUAUUAUGGUAUCACAACCUUGAUCCCAAACUUAUCAAUUUUUUUUCUCCUUCAAUGGCUAUCAACGAGAACAACACCAACAAUACCGUCCCAAACCCCACCAAACCGACCAAACCAUUCAUCAUUGUCAAUUUCCAAAAUUGCAUUCAUCUUACCCCAACAAACUACCUAGCAUGGAAGAUUCAAAUUGAAGCCACCAUGAUUGGAUAUGAUCUUUUCAAAUACCUUGAUGGUUCUCUUAAGGCUCCACCCACCACCAUUACUACUGAUAAUGUCAGCACCACUAACCCAGCCUACCUCACUUGGAUGCGCCAAGACAAGCUAAUUCUUGGAGCACUUGUUGGCACUUUAACCCAAAAUCUCGUGCCGCUUAUAUCCACUGCUUCCACCUCCCAUGAUGCUUGGUCUAUUCUUGCAAAUACCUAUGCCAACCCAUCUCGUGGACAUCUCAAACAGAUAAAGUCCACUCUAAACAACCUCAUUCACACCUCUCAAACCAUUAGUGAAUACAUGCAAGCUAUUAAGGCUUGUGUGGAUCAACUAGCCACUGUGGGCAAACCAAUGGACCAUGAAGAUGUCAUUGAGAAGAUUCUAAAUGGUCUUGAUUACGAAUCCUAUAAACCCGUCAUCGACGCCGUCAAUGGUCGUGACACCGCCAUCUCCUUUGAAGAGCUUCAUGAGAAACUCAUCACUCGUGAGCUUGUUCUCAAAAGUUUACCCCCAUCCACUACAUUUAACCCCACCGCCCAUGCUAUGUCCUUCCGCCACCCUUCACACCGCCCAAAUCAACCAUAUUCCCAGCCUCCUACUAAUAACCAAAACACCUACCGCACCAACCGCAACACUCAACACAACAACAACAACAACCCAACAACAAAUCGAACCCCUCGCCCUUUCCUUGGUCGCUGCCAAUGGUGUCGCGCUCAAGGGAAUGUUAUCUCUAAAUGCCCCUCCUUCACCUCACAAUACCCAAAUAUUACCUUUCCGGCCCCCACCACCAACCACACAUCUACUCGGCAAGCCCACACUAUGACAACCACUACCACCAAACCCACGACAUCUUGGCUCUUAGACAGUGGAACCUCCCAUCAUGUAACCAAUGACCUCAACAAACUAUCACUCCAUACUCCUUACGAAGGCACAGAGGAACUCGUAAUCGGCGAUGGCACAACCCUACCAAUUUCUCAUACUGGAGCCUUCGUCGGGGACAAUCCUACUACAAGCACCAUCUAGAACCGGCUUAUAUGAACUGCAACCUCCACCAAGAGUCCACUCAAGUAUCAAGCUCUCCACUCAUGAUUGGCAUCAUCGAUUAGGACACCCAUCUAUUUCUAUAAUAAAAAUGCUUAAUUCUAGUUUUUCUCUAAAUAUUCCUACAUCAUUGUUUUUACAUUGUAACUCAUGUCAAUGCAAUAAAAGUCACAAACUUCCCUUCUCCAAAUCCACCCUUACUUUUCAUGCACCACUUGAUCUUAUUUUUUCUGAUGUUUAGACAUGUCUCGAGUACUCAUACGAUAAUCACAAAUAUUAUGUUUAUUUGUUGACCAUUACACCAAAUUCAUAUGGUUUUAUCCCUUAAAACAAAAAUCUGAUACCCUUCCCAUUUUUUUAAAAUUCAAACCACUAGUUGAAAA